UUCAACCGAAAAUAAUACACUUUCUUUGCCUCGCGGUGCUCUCCCACUCUGAGAGCGGACCAAGGUCUUCAAGACUCGUCUCUACUUUUUGUAUCUCUAUUUUCCUUCGAAUUGACAGAAAACAGAGAGAGAAAAAUGGCAGAGCAGGAAUCAUCUCCUCUUUCCACUCAUCGGGACUCUAUCAAAUCUUCAGUCCAUAAUAUUGCUGCAAAUCGGAGGAAGCAACAUGCUGUUACAGUGGGAAAGGAAAGAAGAGAAGCAUUAAUAAGAACAAAGCGCCUCUGCAGGGAUGGAAUUGACAGCAAUGACAUUUCAUCUGAGGGUGAUAUGAUUAUUGAAGAAGAGAAACAAGCACUGGAUGCCCAAACUUUGAGAACUGUGGAAAGCCUAAAAUCUGCUUUACAUUACCAAGGAAAAGGGGCAACAGAAAAGACAGUGGAGAUACUUUGCACUUUGCGGCGAUUGUUGUCUAGGUCUGAUAUACCUCCCAUUGGAGCUGCCCUCCAAGCUGGAGCAGUUCCUGCCCUUGUGCAGUGCCUUUCUUUUGGAUCAGCGGAUGAACAGUUACGCGAGGCAGCUUGGUGCCUCACUAAUAUAGCUGCAGGGGAACCAGAAGAAACUAAGGCUUUACUGCCAGCAUUACCAUUGCUGAUAGCUCAUCUUGGAGAGAAGAGUUCUAUGCCUGUUGCUGAACAAUGUGCAUGGGCAUUGGGUAAUGUUGCUGGUGAAGGAGAAGAGUUGAGAAAUGUUUUGUUGGCACAAGGAGCUCUGUUACCCCUUGCACGUCUAAUUCUAUCUAAUAAGGGUUCAAUCGCGAAGACAGCUGCUUGGGCACUAUCAAAUCUCAUUAAGGGACCUGAUUCCAAGGCUGCAACAGAACUUAUAAGAGCUAAUGGGAUGCUGGAUACAAUUAUACGACACUUAAGAGAAUCAGAUGAUGAGAUGGCGACAGAGGUAGCGUGGGUGGUUGUCUAUCUUUCUGCCCUCUCAGAAACUGCUGUGGGUUUGCUGGUAAAAACUGAUAUUGGUCAAGUUCUGGUUGAAAGAUUAUCAGCAUCAGAGAGUUUACAAUUACUCAUUCCGGUGCUUCGUAGUCUAGGUAAUCUUGUAGCUGCUAGCAGCUACAUGAUUACUCAUGUUCUCCUUGUCGGGCACAGUAUAACAGAUAAAGCCAUUUCAGCUUUGGUCAAGUGUCUAAAACAUAACCAUCGAGUCUUAAAGAAGGAGGCCGCAUGGGUUCUAUCCAACAUUGCAGCAGGGUCAAUUGAGCACAAAAAACUGAUAUUUUCUAGUGACGCAAUGCCUUUGUUACUUCAUUUACUGUCAACUGCACAAUUUGACAUAAGAAAAGAAGUAGCAUACACCCUUGCAAACCUCUGUGUUUCUCCAGCUGAGGGUUCAAGGGAGCCAAACAUAAUAUUGGAUCACCUAGUUUCACUGAUUAAACAUGGUUGCCUCCCGAGAUUUAUAAAUUUGGUUAGAUCUGCGGAUAUUGAGGGCGCACGACUGGGACUCCAAUUCAUGGAAGUUGUUAUGAGGGGGAUGCCCAACGGCGAAGGCCCAAAGCUGGUUGAGAAGGAAGAUGGAAUCGAUGCCAUGGAGAGGUUCCAGUUUCAUGAGAAUGAAGAAAUGAGAUGCAUGGCAAACAGUUUGGUCGAUAAAUACUUUGGAGAAGACUACGGCCUUGACGAGUAGAACAAUGUGAGAUAUUGUAUUACCGAUAGGAUCCUGUGAUUACAAUUACUUUCUGUUCGUUCGUAGAUGUUUGAUGUUUUGCCUUUGAGAGAUGGCUGUGUGACGCUAAGGUGUUGUAUUUUGACUAGCUUGGGAAAAGGAUUUGAGUGCUUGUGUGUUUGUGAUUUCAGGAACUGUCUGUUGGUGUACAUCAAUAAGAAGAGAAUAGUAUUGUAACGA